AUAUAACUGUGAUUGUUGUUAUUACCAUUCAGAUGAUAUAAAUAGAGCUUUGCUGUUUCAGUUGAAAAACCCCAAAAGCUGGAUUUCAGAUAAGCAAUCCCAACCAAGCAAAAUCUUUGUUAGUAAGUACAUUACUGUUUAUAUCUUGCAUCUCUUUUUCCUUACAUCUCAGAUUUUGUCUUUGUCUUAAGUUCAUAAUUUGUUGGCUUUUUGUUUUGUCACAGGAGAUACAAAGUUUUUCCUGUUCUACUCUAGUUGUUUCCAUUGCACUGAUUAUUUGACAUGCUUGGAAACACUGAUAUCUCCCAAAACAUCUUUGGUGAUUGUAAUAACUCUAUUUUUUUAUUUAUUUAUUUUUAAGUCAAAUCUGAAAAGAUAAGGUGUUUGAAAUUCAUUCAGUAAUAAGUUUCUUAAAAAUUAGACUUCAAAGCAUAGAUUCUCUUUUGGUUUACAUAGGUUACUCAUAGCAAGUUACUCAUAAAACAUAUUGUGAGUACUGGAAAAUCCCUAACUCCACCUCAUUAACCAGUAAGAAGCUACAGUAGUUCAGGACUUAAUCAAAGGUUAAUUAAAAUCAGUGGGAGUCUGUUUAUGUCUUUGGAUCAAAUGGUCAAAAGCUUACUAUUUUUUUUAUAUUGCAGAUCUCUCCAAGGAGCAUGCAUAAAGAACCGUGUUCCUUCCUGUCUUGUAACUUUUUUGGAUUGCCCUGAUGUUUUUUCUGGAUUACAUGCAGAAAAGUCAAAAUAGCUGAGUGGUAAUACAAAAUUUCCACACUAAUUGAAAUCAAAACUCUCAUAGUGCUUCUUUUGGCUGGUAAUGGUGGCUCUUCCUAUACUAUUUACUCCUAGAUAGAAAUUUUCCAGUUCUUCAAAAGAAGAGACUGCGUGACAUAAUAGCAGACCAGGCAAAUGUCCCAAAUGUCAAUGAAAUAUGUAGAUCUAUGCUUUCAGUUAUCUCUAAGAAAAAUGUUGGUAUUUAUAUUUAAUGGCAACUCAAUACAGAACUGUUGUCGGCAACUGACAGUACAGUACAAUACAAAACAGAACAAUACUGAACGGAAGCACAGGUGUUGUGAUUAGGUACAACAACUUAAGUAACAACUGGUUUAUAAGGAACUUUCAGGCUAAGAUAGAAUGUGAGUGCCAUCUGAAGAGCGUACAGCAAAUGUGUUUUAUCCAGGAUUGCAGUAAGUAGAGCUGACAUAAAAACUGAUACUUUCUCUAUUAACUACGUGCCUGCAAUUUCCUCUGAGUAAUAACAUGGAAUAGUAACUAGAUGCUUUUGGAUUAUAUAAAAUGAGACCAUAAAGGAGAUAAACAUUCUCUCUAUUCUUAGUCUGUAAUUAGGUUUUACUAUAAAGUAUAGGGAAUUGGUCUAGUUUCUUAAUGUCUCCAAUUUAUUAAUGAAUAUUUAAUGAUACAAACACAUUGCAAAAGAUCCAUCAGGAGAGACCAUUAUCUUGACAGAAAACUGGUUACAAGUUUCUCCACUGUUAGUCCCAAAGCAGAUUAACAGAGUGAGAGGCAGUGGUGAGGAGUGCUAGCAGAUGCCCUGAUUCGAGACAACUCACUUGUGCAUUCCAACUGAAUAUCUUUUUUACGAUUCCCUGCUGAUAUUUAAAGUCAGCUAUUUGAGAAACCCUGCGUUCCUUUGAAUCUCUUUGGUGAGAAGAUACUAAAUGAACUUAUCCUUUAAUGUAGUAACACACCAUAUCUUUUUAAAUAUGGUAGCUAAUUGUAAUUAUCUCAUACACCAACAGUUAACACAGAUCUGCCCUUGCCCACAGAAAGGUCAAAUUAAACAUUUGCUACAAUAGCUGAUUAACAUCUUUAUUAAAUUGGUACAUAUUCCAGUAUGAACAAGACAGGAUAGCACAGCACACUCUGUUCUUCCUAGACUGAACACUUACCUGACAAUGAACUAUGCUCUGGGGCAAUUAAGUUGUUGUCCCUUUGUUAAAUGGCAAUAAGCCUCAGCCUAUGUUUUCAUAUCAAGAAUUCAUUAUGUGCUUAUUACAUUUAAAAAGCCUGAAUGACAGUUAAUAUACUACAAGGUUACAGCCAGCUUUGCCUCUAGGUGUUUUCUACACCUAAUUUUGCACAGCAUACAUAUGCAAAUGAAAUUGUUCAAAUAGCAUAAUGCUGCCCAUCUGGUUCAGUCAAUAAUGUCCUUAAUUCCUGCUACAACAGAAUGUUCCCAAAAGGUUUACAUGUGGUUUAUCCUGAUUAUAAUUAUGCUUUGUUUGAGAGGGGAAGGAAAAUCUCUCAAAUAAAUUAAUGUGCAGGGAGCAAUAGAGAAGAACCUAGCAAUGUAUAUAUUGUUGUAUGGUCUAAAAGCUGAAGCAGGCAUCUUAAAAUUGUACAAAUACUACCAACACCCAAACAGCUCUGCAAGAAAAUGGUAAUGAGUUCUUUGACCUUGUUCGAACACCCAAGGAAAAUGAGGUUUGCUAAGAAGCUAUUCAAGUUUUACUCAGUGAAAUCAGCAGCUUUUUUCACCAAUAGCAGUGGCCAUUGGCAAGUUUAACUUCUAGGCACAGCCAAAGUAAACAAUAGCAUGUGACCUUGAUAACUGUUUUGCAAGAUCUGGGGAAACUGAUUUUGCUGGAGGUGAAACAAUUGCAGCGUGAAGAGUUGGGCUAUUGUGUGAGAACAGGCGUCCAGCUGCUCCAGCUGAUCCUUCCCAUCCAGUCUGUGCAGGGCCAGGUCAACGCCUCUCUGGAGGGUGAGAGUGGACAAGCAUAGAAUCAGAGGAAGAAAGUUGCAGGGAAGAAGCACCUAGCUCCUGUCAAGGAGGUAGGUGCAUAGAAAGAAGAGGCCAAGGAGGAAGAAGCAAGGAAGGCAGGUGGAAUUUUCCUCGUCCUGUUAACUGAAGGCACGAUGUGUUUUAGAGCACUUUGCUGCAAAGGACCACCACCGCCACGACCUGAAUAUGAUUUGGUUUGCAUAGGCCUCACUGGUUCUGGCAAAACAAGUCUUCUGUCACAGCUUUGCAGUGAAAGCCCGGAAAAUAUAGUGUCUACCACAGGAUUUAGCAUAAAAGCAGUGCCAUUCCAGAAUGCCAUCUUGAAUGUAAAAGAACUUGGAGGUGCUGACAAUAUCAGGAAAUACUGGAGUCGUUACUACCAAGGAUCCCAAGGAGUAAUAUUUGUAUUAGACAGUGCCUCCUCUGAAGACGAUCUAGAAACUGCGAGGAAUGAACUACAUUCAGCUCUCCAGCACCCACAGUUAUGUACUUUGCCAUUUUUAAUACUGGCCAAUCAUCAGGACAAACCAGCAGCUCGCUCUGUACAAGAGAUCAAAAAAUACUUUGAACUUGAGCCACUUGCACGUGGAAAGCGCUGGAUUCUUAAACCCUGCUCCUUGGAUGAUAUGGAGGCAGUAAAAGACAGCUUCUCUCUUCUAAUAAACUUGCUGGAGGAGAGAGACUUCGAACCUUCAAGAAUGUGAAACACAAGAGGGAAGAGUGAUUCUCCAGGCAAAUCACUGUACCUGUUCAUUCUGCUCACAGAUUACUUAUGGUGUGGUAUCAAGACUGUGCUGUGAUGUUCAUACACAGUGCAGAAUAUCCUUUUGUUAAAAUAAAUGCUCUGUGAAUCAGGUACAUGACUAUUUCCAGUAAAGUCGUCUACACUACUGAAAUAGGGAGUUCCUCUUUGUUUACCACUAGUUCUGCACACACUGCAUGUUGCUUUCUUGCCAUCAUCCUUGAUAGGAAAUUCUGCACGCACAAGAAUAACAUAGUCUGUAAAGGUGGGAUACUACUUGCUACCUUGUUUUCCAAAAAUAAUUCAUGUCUUAAGGAUUUGUGAGACUAAUCUGUGUUAGCUUGUUUACUGACCCCACAGUAUGGAAAGCACAGCCACUGAGAACCUUAACAUUAGUGAUACCUUGAAAGUUGUUUUAUGUCAGUGCAAAGACUACUCUGAAAUUUUACUAAAUUAAAACGCAGUGGAUGUAUUAGAUGAUUCCUCUCCUUAAGCCACUGCAUAACCUUGUCAAAGGCAGAACCAUUAUCUUGCUGGAAGUUCCCUUAAAGGGAAAUUUGCACACAGAUGUGUGCAGGUAACAGUAUUGCUUAAGAAUAGGUGGCAUAAAAAGGUGGUAAGAAAAAACAAUGUUUUUAGAAAAUAUACAGAAAUUGGCUAAACUAGCAGUUAAAAUAAUUUUUUUAUCAGAGAAGCAAAACAAAUUUCUGUUAAUUCAGCUGUGGAGGCUUUACUAUUAGAUAUAAGCGUGACCGAUUUUAAGUAAAGAUUGCCUUCUUUAUCACUCAUUCAUAGUUUGCUGUUGUUACUUUAAUGGUGCCAAGGUACCAUAAUGAAGGAACUUCCAGUGUUUGUAUCAUAAGCUUCUCCUUUCAAGGGAUUAUAACUUGUUCUUUCAAACUUCCUCUGGCUACAUGUUACUUAGAAGACAAAAAAGUAUUCAUUGGAAACAGCAUUUAUAAUAUGUUUGGAAAAAUCCCAUUUAGUCCCAGUAACACAGUGCACACUUCUUCUUUCCAAAUUUUGCCCAUCAUAGAUUUUCAGUUUUUUUUUUACUGACUUUACUUUUAAAAUGUUAUUGACUGAUUUUAUUCUUUAAAGAAUAAAGAAUCGCUGGUUCACCAUGAAGUCAAUCACAACAGGGUAUGUGCAGAUUGAUCACCAGGCUGGUGCACACCUUGAAUGUUGUGCCUUGUGCAUGAGUGUCUGUGUACACAAGCUGUAGUGAUGUGUCAGUGGUUCCUCAUGGAUCCUGCUUAUGUUUUGAAGCUUGUAACUCCUGUUGCAAGGCCUUAGGCAACAUAUCUUUCCACUCCAAGCAUUUAUUUCUUAUGUUUAAAGUUUAUUGUAGUUUCUUAUUAGUUUAUUUGAGAAUAAGAAAAUAGUGAGCAUCAGCUUUUAAAGGAAAAACCAUUUCUCUAUUUCUUGCAAAUAUUUCUUGUUGUUAAACAAAAUGUUUUUAUAGGUUUUUUGUUACUUUUCCAUAUCCUUGGAUAUCUUGUAUUGCUCCCUCAGAACUAUUUCUGCCCGAAUGCAUGGCCUGAUAGUUACUGUUUUAACUCAGUUCCUACUAUAAGAACAAAGCUGGAAAACCUGUUAAGCUCAUUGUUUGACUUUGUGACAGAAUAGGCAGAAAGUUUUGCUCAUAAGCAUGAAGGGCAUCUCUUCUUGCUUCAUUUUAUUUCUUUUUACUGCCAGGCCAAUCACCCCAUUGCUUCUCCUCUUGGAAAUAUCCAAAAACUGGAAUUGCUCAUUUUAAAGCACACAGAGAAGCACUCUAUGAUAGUUCAAGCCUCUUUGGCUGUAGAAGCAACUCGGUUGCUCAUCAGUUCCUAUGCUGUGGAUUAAGGAGGCUCCUUUACCUCAAUUUGCAGAGGAAAUGGAUCUGAUGUGCAGCCAUAGCUUACAUGAGUUUAGAGAUUACAGCAUCCCAAAAUUUUCUUCCCUGAUUAGGGAAAAUGACAAAUAGAAAAUGGUGGGGAGGAGAAAGAGGCUCGUCUCCCAGAGAAGGAAGGCAGUUUGGCAAAAAGGUUAGGCAAAGAGAUGGAUUCAGAGCUUUUACUGCUUUGCCAAAGAACAUCCGUUCCAAAAAAUUAAUUCUUCUCAAUUUUUUCCUCUUUCCUUCCUAUUUUGAAAUUAUUAAUUUUUGAAAUUAUUUUGAAAUUAUGGACCAAAAGUACAAAAAAUUGAAAGAAUCACAACUUUAUUACAGUAUUGGAACUACACUCAUUUGUACUAUUAGUGUUUCUGGUCCAGUUGAGCAACCUGAACUAGUGAUAGAUUCCCUGUUCAUUGCAGGGGAGUUGGACUAGAUAACCUUUAAGGGUUCCUUCCAACUCAAGUGAUUCUAUGACUCUAGGAUUCUAUGACUUCAUAGUUCCUGAGUUUUAUAUUUUAGUCAUGAUUUCCCAACUAUGCACUGUUGGAAGGUGCUACAUGACUAACAUCCAAAAGGCCCACCCAACUAGUCAAUGAGAAUACAGCUUUGGCAUAUGCCAGUAUGCAGCUAGACUGGACCUUUUGAUGAUAAAUACUUUUUCUUUAUGGGGAUACCAACUGCACAGUAGCAGUGAUUUAUUUUUCAAAAUAACUUUAAAUAUGCUUUUUCUUACUAAUACAGUGAUAAUUCCUUAACACAGGUUGAAACAAUACCUCAUAAAUGCUUAAGGCUAAGACCAACGCUUAACUUUACUUUGAAUGUAGUUCUGUGGCUUUGUGUUGUGGAUGGACUUAAUGGAUAUGUACCCUUUUACUGUCUGUGAACACCAUCUUUUUGUGAAAGUAUUAAAAAUGCUUAUAGCAGUUCACAUCACACUUCGUUGUCUAAAGUGUUUUGAAUACUUUGGCUAUGGCAGAAUAUGUAAGCACCGUGAGCACAAUGCAGAUUUUAUUUGGAUGACCAGUGUCAAUGGCAUUUUCUUGGUUUUGUUUAGUUUGUGACUGUAUUUUUUUUUAAUCUUUUCACACGUGCUCAUCGUUUAGAUGAAAUAAACUUGGGUACUGGGCUCUACUUUCCAUGCAAGUUCAUUAAGGAUAGAACAUUGUCUUUUUAAAAAAGAUACCGUGCUUUAAUGUUCUUUAGACAUCUGUUAAAUUACUUUGUGUGUAUGUGUGAGUGCGUGUAUGCGUAUGUGCCCACAUCAGGCUUCUCAGAGCUGUAGUUGUCUGCAGCGUCUCAGCCGUCAGAAUGAAAACAUUAUCAAUCAGUAUCCAACAACAGCUGGUUUUGACAAGCUUCUGUCUGCUGCUUAAUGCUUUACAACUUGUCAGUGCAACUUUUUUUGUCUACUUACUCUGAGCUGAUAAUCUUACUGCUUCCGUGUUGUGUCCUGUACUUGUACUUCUAGCAUUUGUAUGGAAAAAAGUUAAAUCUUAGUGCAUUUUGAUAUUAUUUCUUGAUGUAUAAUAUUCCACAUGUAUCUUAGCUUGCCUCUUCAAAAUGCGCUAUACAAAAAUCUGUGAUGUAUUAUUUCAUUUAAUUUCUUGCAUUUCAUUAUAUUUAUAGAAGUUGCAGAUUUUUGUACCGUAUUAGUUAAUACAGUUGCCUUUUUGUAAUGGCAAUUAAUUUAUAUUACAAAAGUUUGUAUCUUUACUGUAGUUGAGAGUAUUAGUUAACUGCCAUAUUAUCUUGACUUUAUACUAAAAAUACAGUGUCUCUACGCAAAAGUUGAUCCAUUCGGGUGGACAACUACUAGACAUGAGGAACUUGUACUGUUUGUGAUUUAUACAUGAUUUCCACUAUCAAAAAGACAAAAAGAAAAUAAACACUGUGUAGAAUUGAGCUGCUAAA